UCCCCUUUUUAUGGCUCAUACUGCUAGUGCGAAAAUGAAUUGGUUUCGCUUCGGUCUCUCGAGAUAAAAGGCCCUCAGACUGCUGAGACGCAUCAGAUCAUCGGCGAGCAGCUUCUUCAAACGACUUCUGAAGAUGGAAAUAAUCUCCGGCGAGCGUAAGGAUCUGGGCAGAGCUCUGUGCAUCAUCACAGGAGCGUCGAAAGGUUACGGCCGGACGCUGGCCGUACAGCUGAGCUGUCUGAUGAAGCCCAGGUCCGUUCUCAUGCUGGUGGCCAGAAGCGCGGAUCAGCUCAACAAGGUGAAGGAGGACGUCAGGGCACUGAACGACGGACACAAGAAGCUGGACGUCCGCUGCGUGCAGGCAGACUUAGAGAAGACGGAGGGGGUGGAGAAAACCAUGCAGGCAAUUAAAGACACGUCUUCAUCCGACAUGGACCACUUCCUUCUGAUCAACAACGCAGCCUCUCUAGGUGACGUGUCGCGCUCGGCGCUGACGUUCACAGACCCCGCAGAGGUCAACCAUUACCUCUCUCUCAAUGUAAGCUGCGUGCUCAGCCUGACGGCCCGUGUGCUGCAGGCGUUUCCUCAGCGCGUCGGUCUGCAGCGGACGGUGGUCAACAUCAGCUCGUUGUGUGCGCUCAAACCCUUUCCAUCGUGGGUUCUGUACUGCACCGGGAAGGCGGCCCGUGACAUGAUGUUCAGGGUGCUGGCGGAAGAGGAGCCUGACGUCCGAGUUUUGAGUUAUGCUCCAGGUCCUCUGGACACAGACAUGCAGCUUCAAGCCCGUCGUUUCUCUGGCGACUUGAAUCUCAGACAGUCUUUCUCCACCAUGUUUUCUGAAGGACAGCUGCUCUCCUGUGAGGAGUCUGGUGCCAAACUCAUGAAACUUCUGCUGGACGACGAGUACCGGUCAGGGGCUCAUGUAGACUUCUAUGAGCUCUGACGAGACUAAAAUCACAAAUGACAAGCUUGUGUACAUAGUACUUAUUUCUAUUGAUUUUAUGGUACGGCAUGUUGUUUAUAUAUUUAUGUGUUGUAUUAAUAAAGGCUUUA